ACCGCUUCCAGAUAGUCCAGGAUUCCGGAAAGGUAUGGCUCCGGAGUUGGCCGUACUUCUGUCGCUGAUCGCCGUCGCCGGUUGCCAACUUUUGCCGGAGAACAAUUGCCCCAACUACUUCCAGUAUGUCAACGCUUACCAGGCCGAGAUCACGGUGCCCGCGUUCAAAGAAGGUCCCAAUUGGAUUUCCAUUUCCUUCUCGACGCGGGGUACUCAACAGGACCCUGUUGUGGGUGCACUAUUUCCGUACCCGGAUGAGAACGCGUUGCUUUUGAGUACGAAAAAGGCAUUCUCAAUAUUCCGGAUCAAUUUCAGGCCAAAUCCCACCUCUGGUGUCCCCAAAUUGACGGAACUCGUCUACAACAAUCAACUUAUUUGCUCAGCGAACAGAUAUGGUAUCCCCUAUACCGAUUUUACCCGUUUCUAUGAGCUGAACAUCAGUGGUCCGGUGGAGCCGUUGAUUUCUAAAGGAUUUAACCCAUUUCCAAAAAAUAACUUCGGUGGAAAUAACAAUAACUUCCCUGGACAGUCCGAAUUCUUCACGCCCUCUAAUAAUUUUGAUAAUUGGCCGGAUUUUACGAGAAGUUGGCAGACCCAGACUCAGACACCCAACAGAAUACCUUCCAAGAGUUCCCGGAUAAACAAUCCAAGUCCCACGCCACCCGAAACUAUCUGGGAAAUUGUGCCCAGUGUACCGGUGCCAAUUUCCGGAACACCGCAGAUCACCAACACGAGGUUGCAGCCAACACCACCACCCACACCAGUUCGAACACCCCCACCAUUCACACCAGUUCGAACACCACCACCAUUCACACCAGUACAACGACAACCACCACAACCACCACCACCGAUAGCCACCAAUCCUCCAAUCCAAGCACCACCACCUGACCGCUUCAAUCCACGAUCUCCGUCUGCAACGGUGGUUUGUGGCAGGGAGGGCAGCUUGUCGCCUUAUAUUGUACGGGGAAAGGAGUUCCCACGUGGUCAGUAUCCCUGGCUAUCGGCGGUCUACCACAAGGAGGGCCGCUCGCUGGCCUUCAAGUGUGGCGGUUCCCUGGUCUCCGCCAGCAUCGUGAUCUCCGCCGCACACUGCGUUUAUCGGAUGACGGAGGAUCGCGUGGUCAUCGGAUUAGGGCGCUACGAUCUGGAUGACUACGGGGAGGAUGGCGCCGAGAUGCAUAACGUUAUGCGGUUGCUCUGGCAUCCGGAGUUCAACACCCGCCAGUUGUCAGAUGCGGAUAUUGCCCUGAUUACCAUUGAGCGGCCAGUGAUCUUUAACGACAUUAUAUCGCCCAUCUGCACGUGGACGGCGGAGGCGAGCUCCACGGAGGCUUCAUCCGGAUUUAUUGCCGGUUGGGGAUCUGACAACAUGGGAGGGAACUCCAGGACCCAGUAUCCCCGUGUCGUGGAGGCGGAGAUCGCCAGUGCCACCAAUUGUGCCAGCAACUGGAGGACAUCGGUGGUCACGGAUCGAAGUCUGUGUGCGGGAAAUCGCGAUGGAUCGGGUCCCUGUCUUGGGGACUCCGGCGGAGGAUUGAUGGUCAAGCAGGGCGAUCGGUGGCUCCUCAGGGGCAUCGUGUCCGCUGGGGAACGGGGAACCACCAAUGGGGCCUGUCAGCUCAAUCAAUACGUUCUGUACUGCGAUCUGUCGAAGCACAUUGACUGGAUAAAUGAUAAUAUUCGCUGAUAUAAUAUUAUACUGAGAUUAGGAAAUUGCUUUGCAUAUCGUUCGACUAAAAAACCAUUCAAUAAAUUGUCAGGUACUUUUUUGGCAAAACAAGUUUGUUACUCACAUAUAUCAAUUAUUUUGAGGAGCCAAAAAGAACGAGCCUCUUAGCUUGAAUGACAAGUAAUUGCUUUUUGCUGGCGGACAUAACCGAAAAAACUGAUCUGUCUUCAAGCUUCAUGUUUUAUUUGAAUAAAUAUAGACAUUGAAUAGUGAUUAAUCCAAUAAGCGUGUGAUUCGAUAAAUUAAGUUGACAACAAUCUUAUAUUGUGCCUCGAAAAAUAUAAAAUAAAUAAAAUAAUACGGAGAA